UAUUGCUUGCGUGUCAUAUUCGUUGCCCUAAAAAAUGAAGAGUGAGAAUACUGUUGUUGGUUUAAUCGGUGAGAUGUUAAAUCCAGUUUCUGAAAUCACAGGCCCUAAAGCUAAUGCUGGACUAAAAUUGAAGAGUGAGAAUGCUGUUGUUGGUUCAAUCGGUGAGAUGUUAAAUCCAGUUUCUGAAAUCACAGGCCCUAAAGCUAAUGCUGGACUAAAAUUGAAGAGUGAGAAUGCUGUUGUUGGUUCAAUCGGUGAGAUGUUAAAUCCAGUUUCUGAAAUCGCAGGCCCUAAAGCUAAUGCUGGACUAAAAUUGAAGAGUGAGAAUGCUGUUAUUGGUUCAAUCGGUGAGAUGUUAAAUCCAGUUUCUGAAAUCGCAGGCCCUAAAGCUAAUGCUGGACAGAGUGAGAAUAGUGUUGUUGGUUCAAUCGGUGAGAUGUUAAAUCCAGUAGGCCCUAAUGCUAAUGGUGAUGGUGAUGGUGUUCGGGAUUUGGGAAAUGGGAGCUCGGUGGUGUACUUUCCCCGGUUCCUGAGCUAUGAAAAGUCAUGGGAGUAUUUUCAUUAUCUCGAUAAACACAUCCCAUGGACCAGACCUACCAUUUACGUCUUCGGUAAACCUUUUGUCCAGCCUAGAGAUGUAUGCUAUAUUGCAAGUAAAGGAUUGAAGGAACUAAUUUACAGUGGGCAUAAGCCAGAUGCGCAUUCUUGGGAUGAUUAUCCACCUUUGAAGGAGAUUCUGGAGGAGGUACACAAAGCCUUUCCUGGGAGUCAUUUUAACAGCUUACUUAUCAAUAGAUACAACAGUGGCAAUGACUAUGUUGGUUGGCAUGCUGAUGAUGAGAAGCUUUAUGGACCCAAUCCAGAAAUUGCCUCCAUUUCCUUUGGAUGCGAACGUGACUUUUUCUUGAAAACAAAAUCUCAAGGUGAAGUUGUGAGAGAGCCUCCCAGCAAGCGAGCAAAGAAAAAUAAAGUGGAGAAACACUGUUUCAAGUUGAAGCAUGGGUCACUGCUGCUUAUGAGGGGCAAUACACAAAGGGACUGGCUCCAUUCAGUUCCUAAACGAGCAAAGGCUGAGUCUGCAAGAAUUAAUCUCACCUUCAGGCGGGUCAUGCAGAUGUCAUCCCGCCGCCUGCUUCUGUAAACACGUUGCUCAUCUUAUUUGUCUCAGGUGUUUUGAACCAACUUUAUAUCUCUCCUACGCACAUUUCUCCUCUCUUCAACUCUAUAAUUAAUCAUGUUUCUUUGUGCUGUUUCUAUAUCAGUAGUAUCCGUACAAGAAUAAAAGUGCAGUUUUAGGGCUAUCAUAAUCCACAACAAAAAUGAAUUAUAAAACAUAGUAGAUUCAAACAA